UGCAAAAUUAAAACCACAUGCAAAGUUUUUAAUUUAGGUCAACAGCAAAAUAAAAGAGGUGCCGUGCCACCACGUGAUCCCAAAAAUAUGUGCAAAAAAAUUUCCCCAAUAAAUUAUGAUGCCACAUUGACUUCACUUCAUUUCCUUUUUCCCUCAACAUUUAAAAGGGACACAGCAAUGGCCAGGUAGAGCAACACAGCAAUGCCCUUUUUUUCUUGGCACCUUAUCAUAUAUAUCACCUUCAACACUUCACUUAUGUUCAUGUCAUCUUAAGGAGGCCCUCCACCCCCACCCCCACCCCCACCUCCCCCGUCUGCGCAACGACAAAAUGGGAAGGCCUCCAUGCUGUGACAAAGUUGGCAUCAAGAAAGGUCCAUGGACUCCCGAAGAAGAUAUAAUUUUGGUCUCCUAUAUUCAAGAACAUGGUCCCGGUAAUUGGAGAGCCGUGCCUACGAAUACCGGAUUGUUGAGGUGCAGCAAGAGCUGCAGGCUGAGGUGGACGAACUACCUAAGACCAGGGAUCAAGAGGGGCAAUUUCACCCCUCAUGAAGAAGGGAUGAUAAUCCAUCUACAAGCUUUAUUAGGAAACAAAUGGGCCGCCAUAGCUACGUAUCUGCCGCAGAGAACAGACAACGACAUCAAGAACUACUGGAACACGCACUUGAAGAAGAAGCUCAAGAAGUUCCAAUCCGGUUUGGAGCCUCAAAUGGCAGGCGAUCCCACGGCGUUUCAUCAGUUCGCGUCCAAGAGUUACGGCGAAAGCAGCAAGAAUGAAUCCAGCCUCAGAAUCGGGGAGAAUUCAUCGGUGUACGCUUCCAGCGCAGAAAACAUCUCGAGGCUUCUAGAAGGAUGGAUGCGAUCAUCUCCUCUCCAACCCAACACCAACCAGAUAAACGGAAUUAGUAAUCAUGAUAAUAAAUUUUACGGCAAUUUCGGGAAAAUAAUCCCAAAUUUCGAAAACAGCGAUGCUUCCGCUUCACUGAUCCAGUGCUACAGGCCGCAGAAGAUGGAGCACGUGAUGCCGUCUGAUCAUGAAUUGGAAGGGAUGUUGGUGUUUGAUCAUCAUCAUCAUCACAAGUCGUCGUGUGAUUCUAGCCAGAAGGGAUCGGAGAGCAGCGGAUUGAUUGAUCAUGAUAAGGCGUGUUUCGAGCACGAGCAGAAGGCCAAGAUCGACGGCAAUCCGCCAUUGUCGUUUCUUGAGAAAUGGUUGCUGGAUGAGAGCGCAGCUCAAGUUGAAGGAGCUAUGGAACUGCCACCGAUAUUUUAAUUACUCAUGAAAAAAUAUUAUUUAUAUGUUUAAUUUCUUGAGUAUGAUUUGCAUAUUGAUAUCAGAGAUUUAAUUAAUAUUAGCAGGAAAAUGGAAGCGUUAUAUGAGCAUCUGAAGUUUUUUUAAUUUCAGAAACUUAUCUUCUACUAGGGUUUCCAAAAAGUUGGAUCACUCUACUGCUGAUGCUCCGCCUUUUUUUUCACAUAGUGUUUCAUUUUAAUUUGCUUAACAACUGUAAUUUGAUGUUAAUUAGUCGUUGCUAAAUGCAGACUUCUCACUUUGGAGCA